CUCGCCUGUCUUCUUCUCCAGGCUGCAUCAUGGCAGCUCCCGGGAUCUUCGCCGUGUGAAGGGAAGGCUGGAGGACAGGACAGGACGAGGCCGUGUGCAGAGAAUUCAGAAGGGCAUAGAAGAAGUACCGGGAAGAGCACACGUUCUUGGCCAGGAAAGUGCAUAAUACAUUGAAAACAAAUUCUUAUUUACUUGUGACUUUCACUUUUGCCGCAUGAUCCCUGAAAAGUCCUGGAUUAUGUUUGUCGCACUCUUCCUGUGCUCCAUAAUUUGGCUGAACCGAGGCUUCAAACUUAGAAAAAGAGGCACUUGCAACCAAAGUUGCUUUCCUUUUGCACUGCUGGUUCACUCCAUUUAUUGUGCUUGAAACUCAUUGCUGUGUGGGGGCCUAGGAAAACAAUUCUAACUAUGAUGAACCAGAAACUUUAAUCCUUCCCAGGAUCAUUGGUUGUGGAAAUGCUCUAAGGCUCUUUGGUCCCAGGUUAAACGGAAAAGUCUGUGUCCUGUGGAAGCUGCUGGCCAGGGUAUUCUUUACCAAUGUCUGCUGAAGCUUUUCAGUACCGAGCUCUUUAUCCAUAUGCCAAGGAGAGGGAGGAGGACAUUGAUCUUGAGCCAGGGGAUAUUCUGACAGUUAGCAGAGCAGCAUUGCUGGCCCUUGGCUGUAAAGAUGGGGAUGAGCAGGAUCCUGACCGCAUUGGCUGGAUUUUGGGGAUCAAUGAGAGAACCAAACAAAAGGGGGAUUUUCCAGGAACAUAUGUGGAAUUUAUGGGACCAGUCCGGAUGUCUCUGCCUGCCCAUCGUCCACGAGGGCAGCGCCCCCUGCCUGCCACUCCUAAAGCUACAAGGGUAGAACAAUCCAAUCCACCAGGAUCUCUUCUGCCCGAACUGGCUGAUCAGUUUGCACCCCCAGAUACUGCACCUCCCAUGCUUGUUAAGUUGCUGGAAGCUGUUGAAAAGAGAGGACUUGAAAAUGAAAUGCUGUACAGGACCUCUGGCUCAGAGUUUAGACACACUUUAAAAACCGACUUUAGUGGGAUAGACUUGGAGGCGGCAGACAUACAUUCCCUAGCAGAUGCUGUGAAGAUCUUCCUGCAAGAGUUGCCAAGUCCAGUCAUCCCGCAUCAUAUCCACAGAGAGAUCAUCCACAUACUGCUUGAGACAGCUGAUGAGGAGCAGAGACAAACUCAGAUUUCCCUAAUUAUCCAGCCUCCCGCCACUCCACUACAGCAUGUGCUCACUUUUCAGCACAUGCUCCGACAUAUUGGGAAGUUAUGUGAUGCUGGCAACCAUAAUGGGCUUACUUCUAGGUUGGCUGCAGAGAUUUUUGGCCCUCUUCUGCUCCGACCCAUAAUAACAGGGGCUGAGGCUGUCCCAGAUUAUCCCGUCCUAUUUCUGGAACUGCUUCUGCGAGGUAGAAAUUUGCAGCAUGAACAGACUCCCCCAGCUCUCCCUCCGAAACCGGCAAAAUCCAAACUUCCAUCGGUCAGUACUAACAGUUCUUCAGGGACACUGCAGGAAGCAGAAUGGUACUGGGGUGACAUUUCUAGGGAAGAGGUCAAUGAAAAGCUUCGGGAUACACCAGAUGGAACGUUUCUUGUACGUGAUGCUUACAGCAAGAUCCCAGGAGAGUACACACUCACACUCAGGAAGGGUGGAAACAACAAACUUAUCAAGAUAUUUAACCAUGAUGGCAUGUAUGGUUUCUCUGAGCCCCUCACUUUCACCUCUGUAGUGGAACUGAUCAAUCAUUAUAAACAUGAGUCACUGGCUCAAUACAAUCCCAAACUGGACACCCGAUUGCUUCACCCAAUGUCCAAGUACCAGCAGGACCAGAUUGUGAAAGAGGAUAGUGUGGAGGCGGUGGGAGAGCAAUUGAAGAUUUAUAACCAGCAGUACAGGGAGAAGAGUCGUGAUUUUGAUACCUUGUAUGAAGAAUACACCAGAACCACCCAGGAGCUGCAGAUGAAGCGUACAGCCAUUGAAGCCUUUAAAGAGACCAUCAUAAUCUUUGAGGAGCAGAGCCAAACUCAGGAGAGGUUCAGCAAGGAAUAUAUUGAGAAAUUCCGCAGGGAGGGAAAUGAGAAGGAGCUGCAGAGGUUGCUGAUUAACGCAGAGAAACUCAAGUCUCGAGUGACUGAGAUUCAUGACAGCAAGAUGAAAUUGGAGCAAGACCUGAAAAAGCAGGCGUCCGAGAACCGGGAGAUAGACAAGAAGAUGAACAGUUUGAAGCCUGACUUAUUGCAGCUGCGCAAGCUAAGAGACCAAUAUCUUGUCUGGCUGCAUGGAAAGGGAGCUCGUCAGAAGGACAUAAACGUGUGGCUGGACGUGAAAAAUGAACCUGAAAACCCAUACUCUAUGAUGGAUGAUGAAGAGGAUCUCCCACAUCAUGAGGAACGCACGUGGUACAUGGGAAAGAUGAAGAGAGAGCAGGCAGAGGAGCUGCUAGCUGGAAAGUCUCAUGGUACCUUCCUGAUUAGAGAGAGUCGGCAAAAAGGUUGCUAUGCCUGCUCUGUGGUGGUGGGGGGAGAAACUAAGCACUGUAUGAUCUACAAGACAGCCACUGGAUUUGGAUUUGCUGAGCCUUAUUACCUUUAUUCUUCUCUGAAGGAGCUGGUCCUGCAUUACCAUCACACUUCUCUGGUACAACACAAUGAUGCUUUGAACGUUGCCCUUUCCUGCCCUGUGCUGUCGCACCAUACACGAUGAGCCCUUCCAGCAUUAGAAGCCACUCCCUGAACAUAGGCUGGCGAGGCAAAGCCUUGUUACAGCUGAGCUUUGUGGGCAGCAGAACACUGUGGGAGAUAGGCUACCCUCGGAACAUUCCAGUGUGGUUAUUGGUAGCUUAAGGCCCCGUAGCAUUGUAUUUCUAGCUGAUGUGUAUCCAUAGGUAUAUUCUGAGGAUAACCUACCUCUGAGUGCCUUAUUGAAGAGCAGGUGGGUAAAGGCUUUUGGAAUGUUACAGUAGAGGCAUCCUGUAUUUACUCAACUUGAGUAGUGAGGUUGAUUGGAGUGUUCGUUCCGCCUCACCAUUAGCUCAGAAGCAACCUGCAAUCCUAGCCAGUGCAUUACUAUUAAACUAAACGUAAGGGUUACAUAUUGUCACACAUUUCAGAUAGAUAAAUACCUGGUACUUCAAUUCCCCACAUAAGUCAAUCACACGGUUCAUGCUAGAUUUACCAGAGAUCACAGUAAUUAGUAUGUUGUGAACUGUAAUGUGGUAUAAACAAUUAUAUGCCACUUGUUAAAGCAGUAUUUUUAACCUUGAUAGAAUGUGAAUCAGCACUUACAAUGGCACAUUCUGAGUAGUUCAUGCUACACGUGGAUUUUUUUUGCACAAUGCCAGAUUACUAUCAGACUUUUGGACGUCAAACAUAAGGCAGAAGACACAACCUAUAGAAAAGUACCAUAAAGUAAAAGCUCAUAUUGGAAUUUAAUGUGAGCUCCAGUAAAUUAAUAAAAUGUGAUGUCAUUGCAAACUAAAAUUUCUCAUGGUGAGUAAAAAUACCUCAUGCUAAAGUUUUCAGUUACCGUGAGGCGUUAACAUGCGCCAGAUGAUCAAGGCCAUAGUUCCAAAGCUGUUUUUGCCUUCCUUCCUACUUGUCACCCUAGUACAACUAAACUCCUUUAUGUAGCAUUCCACCCUCCAUAUAUGUCAGAAGUUGCUAUUUCCUUAUUUAUAUAUUCACACAAUAUACCCAAUAUAAAGCUAUAGUUUGAUUAAGUGUAAUAUCAAAUAAAGAUGUUCAAUAUUAAGAUAACAGAAGUAGAAAUGGAUAAAAAAUAAGGGUAUAGUCAUAUACAUGUGAUUUUGAUAUAAUGAAGGGAUAGAAGUAUAUCACUACAGUAUGAUUUCAUUUCCAUUGGGCAAAGAGGGGAAAAAGGUUGCAUUUCUUAGUCACCCUUAGGGAGGGCAGGGGUGCUGGAAUGCAGAGAAUCCCACUGGUGAUGCUGGCUGGCCACAAAACCAAUGCCCACUUUCUGUUAAACCAUUCCAUGAAUAACCUCCUUCUUGGCAUACAAAUUAUUUGCACUGCAUAGAGGGACUACAGACGUCACAUCCCGUCAGGUUUUUUGGCCACAAGUGAAGAGACUAUGACUCUGCUAAAGACAAAAGAAGAAGUUGUGCCUCACAUUACAUAAAGACACUUCCAGGCUGUGGAGAUUGUCUGUUGCCCCUCUGUCUUCUCUGAGUGCCUUUAGGGUAGUUCUGAUAGAGCUGUAUUUGCCCAAGAUCUCCAGGUAUUUUGCAAGGAUUUUGACUGUUUGCGAAUAGAGGGGAAGGAAAGACUGAAGUCUGCCAUUAAAACUAUUCAUGUUGGACUCAGAACUGCAUAUGCAAAUGGAUGUUCGGCCUACAUAAUAUCCUUUACUUUUUCCUUAAGGGAUUCUCUUGUUUUAGAAUGUGUCAGUGCUUUUAAAAAGCUAACAAUCACAUAUAAGCAUACUUUUCUUCACUACAUUGCUGCACCUCCUUUAAGUUUUACUCCUUGUGUUUUUUUAUCUUGUGUACCUGUCAGUAAAUGUGUAAAUCUGUUUAUGGUGAGAGUUAUUAAACCAAACACUAAUUCAUAGUAGGUUAGUGACUUUUCACAGUAAUCUGGUGUACAUAACCAUCAAUUGCUGUUGUGCAAUAACCUAAGUUGUUUUUACAGGUGUGGGUAUUAGCCAUGAUACCACAGUAUAGUUUAUGAACAUGAUUGUCACGUCCAUGUUACGUUUAAAGGGACAAUAUUAAAGGUUUUUUUUUUUUUUUUUUGGUAUGACCAAAAUAUUGCAAUUUUAAAGUUUUUAUUUAAAAAAAAUUAAAGGGACAGUCUACUCCAGAAUUUUUGUUGUUUUAAAAGAUAGAUAAUCUCUUUAUUACCCAUUACCCAGUUUUGCAUAACCAACACUUUUAUAAUAAUAUAGUUUUUACAUCGGUUAUUACCUUGUAUCGAAGUCUCUGCAGACUGCCCCCAUAUUUCAGUUCUUUGAUUUACUUGCAUUUUAGUCAAUCAGUGCUAACUCCAUGACGUGAGCACAAUGUUAUCUAUAUGUUAUCUAUAUGGCACACAUGAACUAACGCCCUCUAGCUGUGGAAGUGGCAUUCAAGGGCUAAGAAAUUGGCAUAUGAGCCUACCUUGAUUUGUCUUUUAACUAAGAAUACCAAGAGAACAAAGCAAAUUUGAUGAUUAAAGUUGUUUAAAAUUACAUGCCCUAUCUGAAUCAUGAAAGUUUAAUUUUGACUAGACUGUCCCUUUCAAUUAUCAUUUAUAUGUUUGUGGGGUGCUUCACUGUGCUUCAAUAUAUGGCUUUGGGAGUUGUACUUACCAGAAAGUGAGCAAUAUGUUGUAAACACACUAGCACUUCCUUUUAAUUUAAAAAAAUAAAAAAUUUUUUUUUUAACGUAAACAUCCCUUUAAGCCUAACCUUUAACUCUUGCAUUUACUGGAAUGGACAUUACAUGUUGGUAGGUGAAAGUGGAAUUCUACUUUAUAUGCAGACAGUGACAAAUCUGAUCUUACUGCAUAAAUCUAUUAAUUAUGUUACAUAAAUUAGUGGACAUCAUGCUGCAAACUCUGGGAAUCCAAUGAUAAGUGAAAGGCAAUGAAUGGUUUCUGUACUGUUUCAUGUUCCAAUGUAUAUGAUAUAAGGAAGGGUUAUACAAUUCUAGUGUGCCAGGAAGUCCCCCUGCAUAUUUCAUAUACAUUUUGUUACUCUCUCAUAAAGCAAAAUGUGUUGGGGUUUUAUUAUUUUUUGUUUUUAAUAUGUUGUCCGGAUUCAAAGUAUAGAAAGUGAUUUCUCCUGCGUAAGGUGUAACAUGUUGUUGCAUUGCCAACAAGGCACAAGCCACGAAUGGUUUUCUGUGCAUGCAGCAUAUGUAGAUACUUAUCACGUGCACUUAUGCAGCUGGAAAAGUAUCACGGCUAGAAAAAAACAUUCUUGAUGGAUGGCUGCCCUGAUUAUCCGUCACAACAGAUAUUUAGUUUUUUGUUAUUGUUACAAUAUAUUGUGAUUUUGGAAAACGCUGAUAAAUGUAUACUUUCAUUGAAAAGGUCCAAAAUACCUCAUUAACUACACAUCCCUUGUUUUCAUCAAGGUAAACUUUGCUAAGAAUGAUUUUUGUGACGUUAUAUUGCAAUAGUGCAGUCGGAUUCAGUUUGUGUGAAGUCAUUACUGCUUUUGUAUCAUGCACACAUCCAAAGUUCAGUAUAUAGUUUCUAAACUGGGGUUCAAAACAUAAUCAGCUACAGUUGAGAUAUUUAGAUAAGAAUCUCACGUCUUACUAACUGAAUAUGUUUAAGAAUGAUACAAAGUAGUGUCCUUUAAAUUUUAUUUAGUGUGCCCAGCAGCCUAACGACAUGUAUAAGUUUUAACUUUAGGGAGAAAUAACAGAUAUAUAUAUAUACACACACACACACACACAUAUAUAUAUAUAUAUACAUACACACACACACACACAUAUAUAUAUAUAUACACACACACACACACACACACACACAUAUAUAUAUAUACACACACACACACACACACAUAUAUAUAUAUAUGCAUAUAUAUAUAUACAGUAUAUAACAAAAAAACACAACUAACACCUUCAAAUGAACUUGAUGAAGGGCAAAUGAUAUAUUACCCUUUUUCCACUCCCAUGAUAUAAAGUCACAAAGGUAUCUGUUUAGAUCACAACGUGAGCUUGGUGGGCAUUUGCACAGAGCUGAAAUGUUUAGAGAUGCAUAAUAUUUUUGCAAUAAGUGUUUUGUUUCAGUUACUUAAAUGGUAGAGUGUUUGCACUGCAGGUCUGCUUUCUACAGACAGCCAUAGUAUAGCAAGACACUAUUUCCCUUUUGUUAGAGAUAGCCAUGCUGCUUGGAAUUUUAUCUGGAUAUUCACAUAUAGCUAGUUUUGUCCUUUGGCUAAAAAUAACCACCAAGUGGACAUCAAUUAUAGAUUGGAAAAUGAGCUCUAGCCUUUAUAUUACUUUUUUCAUCCAAUUAUUUUAUAUGAACACUACUUAUGAGUAUUUUGCUCUUCCUAAAUGAUAUCUGUUAUGAUUUUUCUUCUUUCUUUACUAGACUGUGAAGAAAGUUCUAUUAAUGUUGUAAUGGUCUUAGAUGACGUAGCCUAGCUAUACUGCAAUAUUGUGUAACAAGAUUUAUAAGAGAAUAAAAAUGCAACUUGGUAUAUACAACUAUCAAGUAUAUACCCAAUUUUACUAACGCCUAUCCCUUGUUUUGCUAGAUGGAACAUACUGAAACAUAAAUGAUUGGUGCACCUUUUCGUUACAAAUGGAUUUAAUUGUAAUAAUGACAAAGUAAUUUGCAUUUAACCAAAAGGCUGUUGCUUGCAGAUAUCCUCAGUGUUCUAUAAUAGGGCUUCAAAAAUUCUGGGAGCCAAUAAACUACAAGUCAAAGAA